GAAAAAGUUUUCAUAUUGCUAAAUUGGAUGAGGACAGCGGAGAAAUCAAGCAAUCUUUGGUUAAUAUUAUCUCUUCCGCAUCUGAUAUAACUGAUGACACUUCAAAUUCUGGCGUUAGCUUAUCUCAGAUUGAUAUUUCUGAACAGGUAAUCCCAAAAAAUAAGGAUGCUCUGGCAUCGGAUAUAACCGAUAAUACUUCAAAAUCCGAUGAAUCCAAUAAUGCUUUGGCAUCUGAUAAUGCUUUAAAUUCUGACAUAUGUCAAGAAGAGGUGAAGUCUCGAGUCCCCGACUCACCUUUAACUCGAUGCUCUGCAUUACCUAUUCAUAUGGAACCCAUAACAUUAGAAGAUAAGGAGAUCGACAAAUUUCUGGAUUCAACGUAUAGGGAACAGGAUACUGUCCCUAUUAUCACCCGUGAACAAGGAUUUAUUCAGGAAAUAUCUGCAGCAUGUGAUGCGGAAGAUGAAUCAAUAAAAGCUAAUCAGGCUGAAAUUUUAUACUGGAGUAAUUUUAUUAUAGUACUUGACAAAAGUUUUGAUGAAAUUAUGGUUAGGGAUAAAAAAUCACAUACCUCUAGCCACUCUGUGACUGAUGAUCGAGAUUCCGAUUCAUUAGAAGUCAAGAUACAGGUAAAUGUUGCCAAUGACUCAUGGAGUGAGAGCACUAACAUGCCUGAAAAUCCCAACUAUGAUUACGAUGACGAAGAAUCCUUCAAUAACAACAAUGAUGAUAAUGAUGAGAAUUUCUCUGAUGAUGGGAGCUUCUGUGGUUUUUCUGAUGACGAUGAUGAAGGUUAUUAUUAUGAUUUAAAUACCAGUGAAACUUAUGCAAAAUCAGAUCAACUUGAUGCCUUCUUUCAAAAAUGUCAAAUUGUAUUAGAGAUACAAGGAGCUCAACAUCGGCUUCAUAGCACUAGCUGGUAUAAAGAUGUCAAAAAGCUCGAGGAUAUUGUUAAUCGUGAUCGGUUAAAAAGAUGUAUAUGCCAAAAUAACGGAAUUUUUCUUAUCGAAAUAUGGUACGAUGAAAAACCAGAAAUAGUUAUUUCUGAAAGGAUUCAAAAAAUCAAGGGUUUCGUUAAUCGGACAU